AAUCUUUCACAGCUUUUUUCUGAAUCAGUUGAGUUAUUUUAGGCUUUCCUUAUUGACAGAGAACUCUCUCUCUUGUCGCGGAACUAGGGCUUUCUUACGCAGACCGAAAAAUCUCCGAUCUCCGAUAUAUAUAUCUCUCUCACACACACAUAGUUCACCGCUGGCGCCGUCUUCGUCGACCGACAGCUAUCGUCGCGCGGCACAUCUUAGCGCCUCUCUGUAGUUUCUCUUCCUCAAUCUCUAAUCUCUCUCUCUCUCUCUAUAUAUAUAUAUCUCUCUCUAUAUAUAUAUACACACACACACACACACAUACAUAUAUUUAACACUCGCGUCCUGUCACCGUCCCAAUCACCUUCGAUCCGCUGCUGUUGCGCCGUCGCAUCUAUUGAUUGUGUUCUAAGCGAUCGAGUGCAGACACAUUUAUCUUACUAAUUUCUGUCACAGUUUUGACCUAAGUCACACAAUUCUUCUUCAUGGGUACCGCUCUCACGCUCCAAGCGCGCUCUUGCUUUCACGCUCCGCGCUCGCUCUUGCUCUCACUCCGAUUCCCAUUCUAUGCGAUUUAGAUUUGCCGAUUUGGCACUCCCGCUCCCAAAUUCGCCCCCGAUCCCUCUCUGUGACUUAGCAGAUUGGAUUAAUCUGAUUGCAAACUUCUUUUCAGUACAUUUCCUGUUGCUUUUGAGAAUGAAUCUGCAGCAAGUUGUACCACCCAGAUCGACUGCUAAUGGAUUUGGCCGUCGAAGAGUUGAAAGAGAUAUCGGCACUAGAUUGGAGAACAAUUCACAGUAUGGGAAAACAAACCCCAGCAAGUCGAUCAAUGCGGGUGUGAUGAGUGGAAGCAAAGGCAGAGGAAAUGAUAGUCCUUCACGCGAGCGACUGGUAUAUUUAACAACAUGUCUUAUUGGACAUCAAGUGGAAGUCCAGGUGAAAGACGGAUCUAUAUUUUCUGGACUAUUUCAUGCAACAAAUGCUGACAGAGAUUUUGGAAUUAUCUUGAAAAUGGCUCGCUUAACAAGGGCUGGUUCUUCUCGAGGACAAAAGGCUAUUUCAGAUUCUGUUAGCAAGGGUCCUUCAAAGACUUUAAUUAUACCAGCUAAAGAACUUGUGCAAAUUAUAGCAAAGGGUGUGUCUGUGACAAGGGAUGCAAUGACAAAUGAGCUCCAACGGGCAAAACAGCAGGACAUUUUGCUAGAUUCCUCUAUUUCACAAUCUCGUCAAGUUGAGGCGGAGAGGGAGUUGGAACGUUGGAUCCCUGAUGAAGAUGAUCCACAAUGUCCCGAAUUGGAUAAUAUAUUUGAUGGCCCUUGGAAUAGGGGCUGGGAUCAAUUUGAAGCAAACGAAGCGUUGUUUGGGGUAAAGAGCACAUUUGAUGAGGAACUGUAUACAACAAAACUUGAGAGAGGUCCUCAGACGAGAGAGUUGGAAAUGGAAGCUUCCAGAAUAGCCAGAGAAAUUGAGGGUGAGGAAACUCAAGACCUCCAUUUAGCAGAGGAAAGAGGCAUUCAUCUUCAUGAAAACUUUGAUAUUGAUGAAGAAACCAGAUUCUCAUCGGUCUUUAGGGGGGUUGAUGACAGUGGAUAUGAUGACCAUGAAGAUAUAUUGUUGGAUUCACGCAAUACUGAAACCUUUGGAGAUGACUCUGGUUCCGCUGUUAGCAGGGCUUUUACUGACUUGACCAGUGGGAAAAGUAAUGUUGGAGCUCAAUUGUCAUCACACUCUUCAUCUAUGGAAGAGAUACAAUCUUCUCAGACAAGUACUGGCAGGGAUUUAUACCGGUCUGGUUCUAGUGAUAAUGCCAGACAGCUGUCAUCUGAACAACUUUCAGAAAAGUUCUCAGCCUUUGAUGUUGAAAGCAGGAUUCAAGAGAACCAGUCCAGUGAACAGCACGCUGGAAGUAAUUACAUUAAGGAGUAUGUAGAAAAGCUGACGUUAGCCGAGGAUGCACGGACAUCAAAAUCCGAGGAUUCACAGUCAUCACUGAGUGCAAAGAAAGAUGGCUCUGAUAAAGGGGGAUUAUCACCAAAUGCUGUCGCAUAUGCUCCCUCUCAUGUUUCGUCAUCCAAGUCUCAGGAGAAGACAAGUUCUCCUAGUGACACAUUGGAGGAUGCAGCAUCUAUCAGAACACAAGGAGCAACGCAAUCUGCAGCCUCUCGUGGACGACCUGGUAGUUCUACCUCAUCUACUUCAGAUUGUGGAGGUGCUGCCUCUGCUUUGAGUGCUCCUCCUGCAAUAUCACCCAGCUCAUCAUUGAAUUCAUUGUCUUCAGAAAAGUCAACCCUGAAUCCCCAUGCUAAGGAAUUCAGACUUAAUCCCAAUGCAAAAAGUUUCAUCCCAACGCAGACACCAUUAAGGCCUUCCUCUCCAGUGUCUGAUGGUUCCUUUUAUUUUCCAUCUAAUGUUGCCGCUGUCCCUCAAAUGCAUGGUGUGCCUAUUGGGAUUGGACCAUCAUUUCCUGGACACCAGCCUGUUUUAUUCAAUCCGCAGGCCGCGCAAAUGCAAUCACCGCAGGCGUAUUUUCAUCCAAAUGGACCUCAGUAUGGGCAGCAGAUGAUUCUUGGUCACCCUCGUCAAGUCUUGUACAUGCCAACAUAUCCCCCUGAAUCACGUACCCCAGUUUUGACUAGUGACUGAUUGGAUCCUCCAUGCUCGUCAUGAAAUGCCAUACAAAGGAAGAGACUUUUAGCCAGUUCGUUGACCUACUGCGUUCUUGGAAACUUGCUGUGCUUGUAACAAAUAAAACUUCUGAGAGCAGACUGAUUGGAACAAUUUUCAGAUUCCAGAUACCAAAGUCACAGCGGCUGAUGAGACGGGAUUGUUCUCAAGCACCAUUUGUGCCAGUUGAAGCUUUUAGUAUUUCUGGGAUAAAAAGAAUUUGUUGUAAGCUUCGGCGUACUAUUGACCUGUCAAUGUCCUUAGCAUGUAGUAAGUACCUUUUAAUAUUAUUAUUAUUUUUUGUUUAAAAAAAGUUAUUUGGGAUCUAUUGAUGGAGCAUAGAAAAGUUUUGCAUUUUCUUAAA